AUGGAGGCCCUCGUAGCCGUCGGACUUGCAUCGAACAUCUUGCAGUUCGUUGACUUCUCAGCUAAACUGAUCCGUAUUUCGAAUGAACUCCGAAAUGACGCAACCUCGUCAGAAAACAAAGAUCAUCAAGUGAUUACGACGCAUAUGAAGGCCCUCGCUCAGGGCAUCAGCGACUCAGCCAAGGCGAUCUCUCAAACUUCUACAACAGCUUCACCUGAAGAAAAGGCUCUCCAACCAGUAGCCUUUCAGUGCUGCAAACUUGCCGAUAGCCUCCUCGAUCGCCUCAAGAAGUGCGGUAUUCAGCAUGGCCAGAAUAACAGCCGGCUUCAGCGUGUAAAGACAGCUUUCAAAGCCAUUUGGAAUAAGAGGGAGAUAGAGGAGAUAUCCAAUAGGCUGCAGUUCUUCAGGAGUGAACUUACUCUCCAUUAUAUCUCCCAGAGUAGACAGACACAGUUACACCAAGUGACACGACAGUCAACCACGGAUGACAUCCGGUCGAUACUAGGGAGGCUUAAUGAUUUGAAGAGGUCGAUUGAUGACGUGAAGUCUGACCUAGGAAGGACCGCGAAUAAUCAACAUUUCGAAAUCUUAAACUUCGUUAAGGAGGCACAGAAUGAAAACACACUGUUCCACACCCAAGCAGCGCAACAGGCCAUUGCGAAUCGCUCAUUAGUCAACCAAGGGCUAGGGGAUCUCCGGGCCUCGAUAGAAGAUAUUACUACGGGCCUUCAGCACAUCCAGGUUCGACAGUCGGAGACCCUGGACUCUCUCGCUCAUGUUAAAGUAGAGAACUCGGCUUUUUUUGCUACGGUAACCCAGCGAACUCCCUUAGCUAGCGAUUCCAGUACCUUAGUCCACGCACUUCGACCCCUAUUAGAACAAUAUAAGGACGAAAUCCUUAUAGGAGUCAAGAAGGAAUACCAGUCCGCGGCCCGGUCCGGGUUCGAUAGCAUUAUUCAAAACGCACCUGCUGCACUCGACGAGAUUCAACAUCGUAGUAGGACAGCACAACAAGAUUCUGAAAGGGCAGUGGUUGAGAGUAAAGAGGCGGCCGAAAUAGAUUUAUAUACUUCUAAAUCGUAUAUCACCCCCUUCGAAGAUCCGAACCCCUUGCUCCUCAAGAGGCGGGCUCUUGGCCGGCUGGAUAGGAACAGCAUAACGAUGCUCUAUUACAACUGCUGGAGAUGGAAAACUGCACUAGGAAAUUUGAUGCUUUCCAUCCGAGACAAAGUCCAUUUUAACGAAUACGGGCGCCCAACAAAGAUGUACGAGCUUACAGUACAACUUAUACCUUCGCUAAGUUGGCUGUCUACGGGCUUCUCAAUGACGUACGAAAACAAAACCGAUGCGAGAGGAGCUCCGGAGUUCGGUAUUAGGUUAAAGACAUAUCGCGUUCUUCCAAACGAUCAUGAAGUGAUUCGUGCUAUAGAAGAUGGUGACGUCUAUACUGUCCAGAACAUGUUGUCGCAAAAGCUUGUUUCGCCUUCAGGCCGAGAUACUAAUGGACGGUCAUUGCUCAUGAUUGCCGUGGAGCACGGUGAGUUGGAUAUUUGCAAAGCGCUGGUACAGAGCGGUGCAGAUAUCAAUGCACGUAACAUUGACGACAAUGCCAUAGCCCUGGCAACUACUCCGUAUUGUUUAGCCAAUAUCGAAGGCCGAGCCAUAUUCCACUACCUCCUAGGCCUCCCUGAGAUUGAAAUCGAAUGCUUCUGGCAAAGUGGAUGGCCAAUAGAACUUGCGAUCAAUUCCGUGACUUGGCCUGGCUUGCCUAAUGAAAAAAUAAAGGAGAGUCUUGAAGAUUGGGUGUCGGUCUGUCAAUUCAUAAGCAUUGAUUUCAACGCCCUCGACAAGACUUUCCUAGAGCUUGUCGUAGACAGAUUUUCGUGGGGAUAUUCGAGUGAUAACGACACUCUGGAGGACCUUGUAAUGAAAUUCGAUUUGAUUGUCCAGCAAAUAAUUGGCCUCACGGACUCGGUAGAUCCCAUGGGUUCAUUGUCCAUGGGGCGCAUUGCUUUUCUAAUGCUGAUCGGAGUCCUUUGGGCUUUCAGUAAUUCGCUCAUGGCGCACGAGCCUUCGCAUACUUUAUCGAUCCCUUACCGUGGUUAUUUUCUCCAUACUGACAGUUCCCUCCUUAUUGAAUUCCUUGACCAUGUCGCCUUAAAGAAAAUUGCCGAAUGCCCUAGCUGUAUUUUUGACAAUUAUAGGGGCCUUACGGCAUUAGAUUGGGUCUCACUAGAAGAACAUACGCAAGAUAUAUGGAUAAAGAUGCUGGAAGACUGUGGAUUUGAUGUUGAUUGGGUCUAUGAAGAAGAUUCGAGGCGGCGACGCGUGGUUCUAGGAGAAAGCUCGACUCACGAUAUUAGCAUUGGGCCGGAUACUUCGAAAAUACUGGACGUGAGACGCCGACGAGGUUACGAUAAUUCUGAUGAGUAA